CAACUAAAUUGCUUGCUCCAGAUGGCAGCACAUCAUCACGUGAAUUUUCAUGGCGGUGUUGUAGGGCUAGUCCCGUAUCGUCUUGUGAUUUCACCAAAAAACUGCUGUUUUGAAUAUUUAGUGUAAAACAGCAAUAAAAUUUACUUUGUCGUGAUUCAGGAUGAGUGAAUAUUGGGUGAUCAGUGCCCCUGGCGACAAAACCUGCCAACAAACAUGGGAUACCCUGAACAAUGCCACCAAAUCUGGCAACCUUAGUGCCAACUAUAAAUUCCCAAUUCCUGACCUAAAGGUUGGAACUUUGGAUCAGUUGGUGGGGUUGUCCGAUGACCUUGGAAAGCUGGACACCUUUGUUGAAAGUGUGACCAGGAAGGUCGCACAAUACCUUGGUGAGGUACUUGAAGAUCAACGCGACAAACUUCAUGAAAACCUCAUGGCAAAUAAUAGUGACCUGCCCACUUAUUUGACACGUUUCCAAUGGGACAUGGCCAAGUACCCAAUCAAACAGAGCCUUCGUAACAUCGCUGAUAUUAUAAGUAAACAGGUGGGUCAAAUCGAUGCAGACUUAAAGGUCAAGUCCUCUGCCUACAAUGCACUAAAGGGAAACCUGCAGAACUUGGAGAAAAAACAAACUGGCAGCUUGUUGACGCGCAAUCUGGCAGAUCUAGUGAAAAAGGAGCACUUUAUCUUGGACAGUGAAUAUUUGACUACUCUUCUUGUUAUUGUGCCUAAGUCUUUGUUCAACGACUGGAACGCGAACUACGAGAAGAUAACUAACAUGAUAGUGCCGCGUUCCACGCAGCUUAUACAUCAAGAUAACGAUUAUGGCCUCUUCACUGUUACACUCUUCAAGAAGGUAGUGGAAGAGUUCAAGCUACACGCCCGCGAGCGUAAGUUCGUGGUUCGCGAGUUCUCGUACAACGAGCAGGAUCUCGCUGCUGGAAAGAAUGAGAUCACCAAACUGGUGACAGACAAGAAGAAGCAGUUCGGUCCUCUCGUCCGUUGGCUGAAAGUGAACUUCUCAGAAUGCUUCUGUGCCUGGAUACACGUUAAAGCAUUGCGUGUCUUCGUCGAGUCCGUCCUAAGAUACGGCCUCCCUGUUAACUUCCAAGCGGUAGUGAUGGUGCCGUCUCGUAAGAGCAUGAAGAAACUCCGUGACGUGCUACAGCAGCUGUACGCUCAUCUGGACCACUCUGCCCAUCACCACUCUGGGGCGCAACAGGAGAGUGCUGAGUUAGCAGGUCUUGGGUUUGGUCAGUCAGACUACUUCCCAUACGUGUUCUACAAAGUCAACGUUGAUAUGAUUGAAAAGACCGCUUAGAGAGGCUGCUGAAUGGCUGUUAUAGGUAAUGUUACCAAGUUCUGUGCGUGACCGUUGUAUUGACAACUAGCUGCAAUAUCGCCUUGUACAAUAAAAAUAAUUGUUAUACAUUCUAAACCUAUUGGUUAGUCAUUGAUAAAUUUUAUUCCAAUUAUAUUUUUCUAUGCAAAUCAAAUGUGUGUAUCGAAGCAGGUUGUUUAUAUAUAUUAAAUUUUAUUUAUAAUGUUGCCAUUUAAUGCUUCUGGAAUGAAAAAAACGCAACAAUUUUGUUUUUUCAGUAUUAUGUUGCGUUAUUAGAGUAGAUAUAACAACUGUUACGAAAUGUAAUAUAAUGUUCAAUAAAUUAUAUUGGUAUAAUGCAAAACUGUAAAUAAGAACAUUCCUCAUAAAACUUGUGUAGUACAUAAUAAAUAUUAUUCAAGUUACUGUU